AGAAAUAAAGUUAAAAACACCACCAAAAAAGUAUCAGGACAUCAGGUUUCUGUACUGCAGACGCGAGAGGUUAGAGGACUGGAGAUGCUGCUGAAAAUCUUUUCCCUCCCACAGCAGUCUGAAUCUUAAAAGAAAAGGAAAAAAAAUAAACAAAACACCCACCAACAACAAAAACCUAGACGUUUAAUUAUACCCUAAUCAUCUUGAUCAGAGCAAUAAAUGUAACAGAUGUGAGGCAAGUAUGUGUGUGAGAGUGCAGGACAGAGAAAGGUUUAGGGCAAGGAUCAGUGGAAAAUCUUUAGAAAUGAUGUAAGAGAAAGCAAAGGCAGGGAUUGGAGUUUGUAGCCUACAGCAGAGACUAUAAAAACUCUGACAGAAAGCUGAACAUUAGGGACAAGUUAGGGGGAAGAACAUAGCAGGACCACUAAGGUUGGAAUUUCUUGUAUCCAAUGCAAGAUGCUGCAGUUCCAGCUUGUUGUGGUGCACUUGGCCCUUGUGAUUCCCCUGCUGCAGUGGCAUUCUAUCUCAGUGCUCCUUGUGGGGGCAGCUUCAGAGCCUUUGGAACCUUCUGUUGCUCUGGACAUGAGAGCACAUCCCGUUGCCGGUGGAGAGAAGUCAGCCACCAACCUGGCAGCCAAACUAUUCCUUCUUGAUGAGCUGGUGUCUCUGGAGAAUGAGGUGACUGACACCAAGAAGAAAAGAAGUUUCCCAGGAUUUGGGUCCCCGAUCGACAGAAUUUCUUCAACCUCUGUGGAUGUUAAAGGCAAGCAGAGGAAAGUGGUUGAGCUGCCUAAGAGACGUUUUGGAGUUCCUCUUGACCGGAUUGGAGUGAGCCAUCUUGGCAACACCAAGGGUGCUUCUGUUCUGAAUGACUGACGCUGUAUUGGAAACAUUACAGAAAUUCAGAAGAUGCAUCACAACAUACCUUGUCAUUGACUAAUGAUACAGUACUCAAGGAAUUGACCUCCUGCAAAAUUUUUUCACACUGCAUUUUACAAAUGUUACAUUUACAAAUAAUAGCAUUCAAUUCAUCAAGUCAUAAUGCUCUCACAGUUGUGCACAGUGUUACUGAUAGGAGGGGACAGAAAGUAUGUAUAUAAUUUAAUUGCAUGGCAUUUAUUUCUUAAACCAGCAGAACUUCAUUAUCCUAGCAAGGACUGUUAGAUUUUUUGGAUUGAAAAUAAAGCCUCCAGAGAUGCCAAAAGCA